CCCCGUCCUAUUGGUGGGAUCCAAUGGGUACCUAGCCAUUUCCCCACAACAGAUUGCAGGUGGCAGAGCGUCGAAGUCUGAAGGGCAUUCCUUACUCCGGUUGCCUUCUAAUUAGACUUAAGGGCAAAGUGGAGCCUCUGAGGACCUGAAGGGGAAAUUAAGAAUGAAAGCAAAUGAUGUGAGAUCUUAGAGGGAUGGUGGGAGUGAGGGAUGGAAAAAGGGAGAAGAGCGGACAGGGGGAGGUGCUGGGAAAAGGUGGGGACUGACGAUGGGAGAAAAGGAGGUCCUCAGUGGUUCAGUUUACUCCUGUUCUCUGAGGCCACUGCAAUUUUGACAAGCCGGAGAGCUGUUUCAUCAUUUCUUCACAAGUCCUCCUCUCACUUUUCUAGUGACAGACUGGGAAAUGAGCAGUUUAGGAACAUGGACAUCCAAUUGUUGUUUCUCGUUUAAGAUGUACAUCUGCCGCAGCCAAACUAAACCUGACCAGCAGUCCAGCAACAACGGGACGACGAGGGCGUGUGCCGUGGCAACGAAAUAAGUUGCUCACAAGACACUGAGGCAACAUCAGAGAAUUUCUGCACUCUGGAAGCGAUCUCAACAUAAAUACGUUUGUCCAAAGCCAAUGAAUGUUCAGACACUGUUUGAAGAUGCUGCCUGUGGAUGUGACGGACAAGGACAGCAGGAGAAAUCAGGAGGUCUUUUAAAGCUAGAUCUUUUAAUCUAUAAUUUAACAAUGAUGGGCUGCUCAACUUUUUGGCUGCACAUCUCCACAUGACAGCUAUUUUACAUACCUCAGAUGUUUAGGACUGCUUAAAAGACAAUCCACCAUGUUCAAGCGGUGGCUGCUGGCCCUGGUGGCCCGUGUCGGCCUCAUUGUUCUGGGCCUCUGCUGCUGCCUGUCGAUCUUCUACCUCCUGGCCUGUAAACCUGCAUCCAUCAGUAGCCAGCAGCCUGUAAUGUGGUCUGGAGGAGCCACCAGUAAGGAGGGAUACAUGGCCUUGUUGCAGGAGAGGGAGGACUCUCACAAACAUUACAUUAACAGCCUGAUGAAGCAGAUUGCCCAGCUGAAGGAUGCUCUCCAGGAGAGGACGCAGCAGCUGCAGGAGUCGCUGGAUAAAGCUAAAACUAAAGGGAUUCUGCCUCAGGGUCUGGAGAGUCUACGCAAAACCCCAGUACAGUCUGACCUGAAGGAGUUCUUCCGCUCCCAGCUGAACCAGGCAGAGGUGAACUCAGGUGUGAAGCUUCCCAGCGAAUAUGCACUGAUUCCUUUUGACACUUUCACCCUGCAGAGGGUCUAUCAGCUGGAGACGGGGCUGACAAGGCACCCAGCCGAGAGGCCUGUAAGGAAAGAUCGCCGAGACGAGCUGAUUGGCACAGUGGAGACGGCUCUACAUGUCCUGAACGGACCUCAGCAACACGCUGACAACGUCAGGAGGAAGCACACAUACUCCCCUUCAGACUUCAUACAGGGUUUAACUCGCACAGAGCGGGACAGAGGAAGCAUUUACGAGCUGAUGUUCAGAGGCAGCAGCCAGCAGGACUUCACGCAGCUCGUCCUCUUCAGGCCGUUCGGUCCGGUGCUGAAGGUGAAGAGUGAGACGGUGAACACUCGGGGGAUGAUCAUCAACAUCAUCGUGCCUCUCUCCAAGAGGGCAGAUGCAUUCAGACAGUUCAUGAGCAACUUCAGAGAGGUGUGCAUCCAGCAGGACGGCAGGGUUCAUCUCACCGUCGUCUAUUUUGGUCGAGAUCAGAUCGACCGGGUGAAAGCUGUGCUGGAUCAAACCACCAGAGAGACUCGGUUCAGGAGUUUCACACUGAUCCAGCUGAAUGAGGACUUUUCUCGUGGCCGUGGCUUAGACGUGGGCGCCAGGGCUUGGAGGCGAAGCCAAAACGUCCUCCUCUUCUUCUGUGAUGUCGACAUCCACUUUACCGCCGACUUCUUAACUUCCUGUCGACUCAACGCAGAACCUGGUAAGAAGGUGUUCUACCCAGUGCUCUUCAGCCAGUACAACCCGACCAUCAUCUACGGCAAUCAGACUCUCCUGCCCUCCCUGCAACAACAACUGGUGAUCAGGAAGGAGAGCGGAUUCUGGCGAGACUUUGGGUUUGGCAUGACGUGCCAGUACAGGUCUGAUUUCAUCAACAUAGGUGGUUUUGACCGGAGCAUUAAAGGCUGGGGGUUGGAGGAUGUGCACCUGUACAGGAAAUACCUUCACAGUAAGCUGAUGGUGAUUCGCUCUCCAUCUCGAGGCCUUUUCCACUUGUGGCACGAGAAGAGCUGUGCAGACGAGCUUCCUCCAGACAAAUACAAGAUGUGCAUGCAGACCAAGGCCAUGAGCGAAGCCUCGCACGGCCAGCUGGGGGAGCUCUUCUUCAGACGGGAGAUCGAGCUGCACUUAAACUCCCACAAACUAAGAGAAACCUAAUAAAGAGCUGACUGUGAUAUUGUUAUUCACUGCUAUGUUUUUUUUUUUAAAUAAUAAUUUAUGGUUAGUUAUUUUGUGGCAUUCAGGUUAUGUCGACAUCGAAGACAAAAAGAUGAUUCUGUUUAAUUAUUUUCCUCCAUGGGCACAAAAACUUGCAGGAACAGUCAUCAGUAACAAAUUGUGUUUGAUCUUUUGUGUUAAUAAAGCUGUGAAAGAGA